UCAAGAGCAAACAAAUGUGCUAAAUAUCAAGCGACUAUAUAUUUUUUGAAGAAUUAAUUCAGUGGGUGUGGCUUGAUCAGGUGGUUUUCGAAUGUAAUCCUAUGAAAACGAAAGUAGGCUACUUUGAGGAAAUAGACUUACAACGACGGGCCUUUUACUUGAUAGAAUUUUCACUAAACCGUUUGCUCAAAAUGUCGAGAUCAUCUGUACUGAAAAUAAAAAGUGUAAACGCAGUGAAGGUGGAGAACUUCCGCCAGUCUCUGUAUAAACAGGCAGAGGAUCUGUUUUCAAACUACAUCCCAUUGAAGAUCACCCAACUGGACAACCUGCUGAAGGAGGAGGAUCUCAGCAUCACAGACCUGUCCACUCUCCAUGCUCCUCUAGACAUCCCUAUACCAGACCCUCCUACUCCAGAGGAUGAGGAAAUGGAGACUGACAAGAAUGAUGAUGAUGAGAAGAAGAAGAAAGCUCCAAAAUGUGGCUUCAUCAAAGGGAAUGAGAAGAUUGUGAAGCUGCUUGACCGAGUCAAACCAGAGAUCCUAGCACUGAGGGAGACAAUCAUUACAGUGUCCUGCUGGAUUCAGCAUCUCAUUCCCAAAAUAGAGGAUGGGAAUGACUUUGGCGUUGCAAUCCAGGAGAAAAUCUUGGAAAGAAUAACUGCAGUGAAGACCAAAGUGGACGGCUUCCACACCAACAUUAACAAGUACUUUUCAGAGAGGGGUGAUGCAGUAGCUAAAGCCUCCAAGUUAACUCAUGUGAUGGACUACCGCUCUCUGGUCCAUGAGAAGGAUGAGGCUGUUUACUCUGACAUCAGAGUCAUCCUUCUGGACAUCCGUGGCUUCUAUGCGGAACUGUAUGACAUCAUCAGCAAGAACCUGGAAAAAGUCACUAAUCCUAAAGGAGAAGAAAAGCCCUCAAUGUACUGAGAUACACAUGAAGGGGGAGGAAUGAAAGAAUAGUCAGGCUCAACGAUGUGACAUUUUUCCAAGCUUAGACCACAGUUUGUAAUAACCCGGGUGACAUUGUAUUAUGCCAUGCGAUAUUUGAAAUGAGAGAAUUUAGCUAGCGGGCUAGUUUGGCACAUUUUCUACUAGCCUCAGUCUAGCAUACUUGUUUAAUUUCCAUCCUUGGGUAUCCUACUAUACCAAUCAGUCCUGUUUGUACAUCUGCAACAAAGCUGCUUGGCUUUGUCCAGAUUUUUCAUUUUUUUUUUCAUGCUAAUAAACGCAUCUUUAAUGUUUAA